AUGAGUCUCGAUUGCCUGCCUCUCUAUCGUCCCCUGGGCGCCCUGGCAUGUGCUCCAACCCAACCCCGUGCCGCGUCGACCUCGGCCACAGCUGGCCACGGCGAACUGUUCGACGCGGUGGUGGUUGGCAGUGGCGCCGCCGGGAUCGCGACGGUGGGCAACAUUCUCGAUCACCAGACAUGCGCGCGGAUUCUUUGGAUCGACCACGAGUUUCUGGGAGGCCGGGUUGCGAAGAAGUACCGGGACGUGUCAAGCAACACCAAAGUGUCGUUGUUUUUGGCCUAUAUCAAUGCCCUGGCGCCGUUCCGCGAGAUUGUGCAGUCCACGCCAGCGCCCAACGCGGUCACGACGCUGGAGAGCCUCGAUGCCACCGCCGGUUGUCGCCUCCACUAUGCAGCCGACAUGCUGGUGAUGCUGAGCGAGGGGCUGAAGCGCCAUCCCAAUGUGCACACCUUAGUCGGCACGGCCGUGGCAGCCAAUCUCUAUAGCGAAGCUGCUCUGUGGUCGGUCCAGGCCCAAGAGGCCAACUCGGCAGCCGUUCGCACCUUUCACUCGCCGGCUCUGGUUUUGUGUACGGGGUCGUCACCUGUGAUGCACAAUCCCUCUCUCCCCACGGGGUUGGACACGAAACACAUCAACCUCGACGACGCCCUGGAUCGCCAAACCCUUCGACAGACACUGCCAGCUGAUAAAGAGGCCACAGUCGGGGUGAUUGGGUCUUCGCAUAGUGCCAUCGUGGUGCUCAUGGACCUGUACGAGUUGGCUACGACUAGCCACCCGCGGCUCCGGAUCAAAUGGUUCACACGCCGCGCAUUGACGUACGCGGUCGAGAUGGACGGUUGGAUCCUCCGUGACAAUACCGGUCUCAAGGGCGCGUCGGCCGACUUCGCCCGUGCCCACCUCGAAGACGAAGCUUUGAAAGCAUCACCUGUCAGCCGCCAUCUGGAGAAGGUCAACUGCUCGGUAGACGAGGCUGAGGCGUACCAGCUACAUCUACCCAGAUGCACCCAUCUAGUGCAGGCGAUUGGAUACCGUCCAGACCCGGUGCCCGCUCUCCAAAUAGACAAUCGACCAUUGGGGAAGCUUGAGUAUGACGGAUCGACGGGCUCGUUUCAAGAUGGCCGGGAUCAGUGCAUCCCGGGGCUGCAUGGGGCGGGCAUUGCCUUUCCGGAGAAGGUCGUGGAUCCAGCCGGCAACGUCGAGUAUGCCGUCGGUAUGUGGAAGUUUAUGAAGUAUCUGCGGAGGGUGGUUCCGCUCUGGGGCAUUGGCAAGUGA